AUGCUGACCCCAUUCACGGCCCGGACCCCGCCCCCUAACGUCAUGCACCCCCCGACCAAUCGCAUCGCCACCUCACUGAAUCCUGGGGGCGUGGUCAAGGGGGCGGAGCCUGUGAGCGUCCAGCAGCUGGUCCCUAGCAACGCCAGAGACCUGGGCUGCAAGCCGGUGGAGACCGCGAGAGAGUUGGCACCGGCCCGAGGUCCGCCUGCAACGGGGCUCAUGACAGACUCCGGAGAGGAUGCCCACCCACAGAGCAUCGAAAGGUCAUGUGUGAUUCCAGCCCCCAAAAGGACAUUACAGAGCAUCUUUGGGACCAGCAAGGUGUUCCUGGACUUCGAUGAAGAAAAAAUAAAAGCCUCUGGGUUUUCAGUGCCUCAGAAAGUCAAAGAGUACUGUAGCCAAGGCCAUAAGAGCCUGGAGCAAGAGGAUUGGGAGUCGGCUGUGCUGUUCUUCUCCCGUGCCCUCUGCCUGGACCCCCAGCAGGUAGACUUCUACGCCUUACGGGCCGAAGCCUUCCUCCAGCUCUGUGACUUCUCCUCGGCUGCCCAGAACUUGCGAAGGGCCUACGACUUCCAGCCAGAGAACACCAAGUACCUGGAGCGGCUCACCUUUGUGCUUUACCUACAGGGCCAAUGCCUCUUUGAGCAAUGUGACUUCCUGGACGCCCUGAAUAUCUUCUCACAAGCUUCUGAGCUCCAGCCCCAGAAACCCUGCUUCCGUUACCGAUGCAUGGCCUGCCUACUAGCCCUCAAACAACAUCAGGACUGCCUCUCACUGAUCAGCAAGGAGGUGAAGCAAGGCACAGCUACUGCUGAUGUCUACAUCCUCCGGGCCAGGAUCCACAACUUCUUCCAGAAGCCCAAACACUGCUAUCAUGACCUGCGCAGCGCCUUAGUGUUGGAUCCCAAGCACCCGCAGGCAAGGGUGCUGCUCCAGAUGAUGGUGGACCAGGCCCAGCAUGCCCACCAAGACGCCGGCAUUCUGGCCGUGCAGGGCAAGCUGCAGCACGCCCUGCAGUGCAUCAACACAGCCAUCCAGAACAACCCUCUGGACCCCAGGUUCUUCCUCUUCAGAGGCACCAUAUACCGACGGCUCCAGGAAUUUGACGCAGCGGUGGAGGACUUCCUGAAGGCGCUGGAUAUGGUGACGAAUACCCAGGACGACAUGGUGAAGCAGGCACAGCGCCAGCUGCUGCUGGCCUACAACGACUUUGCUGUGCACUGCUACACGCAGGGCGCCUAUCAGGAGGCCGUGCUGCUGCUGAACAAGGCGCUCCGGGAAGAGCAGGGCGAGAAGGGCCUCUACAUCAACCGGGGUGAUUGCUUCUUCCAGCUGGGCAACCUGGCGUUUGCAGAGGCAGACUACAAGCAGGCGCUGGCGCUGAGCCCGCAGGACGAGGGCGCCAACAUGCGCAUGGGAAUGCUGCAGGGGAAGAUGGGCUUCUGCGAGCACCGGCACAGGCAGUUCCAGAAGGCGGUGGAGCACUUCUCUGUAGCCAUUAAGCACAACCCCACGAGAGCUCAGUACUACCUGUACCGGGCCAAGAGCCGGCAGCUCCUUCAGGACGCUCUCGGUGCCCGCCAGGAUGUUACCACUGCAUUGCUGCUGAACCCUAACCAACCAAAGCUGUUCCCGCUGUUGACCAGCCUCUUCCCGGGCAUGUCAGUGGAGGAGGUGCUUAACACCCAGGUGGCCCAGCUGGCCAGGCUGCAGCUGGAAAGGAUGGAGAGUGAGAAGACCAGCUGCCCUCAAGGCCUUGUGGGGCUGCUCAGGGUGAGGGAACUAGAGCGUCAGAAGGCCCGGACCCUGCGACUCUCUUGGAAGCUGGACCAGCCAACUCCUGAAGAGUCACAGGCCACCCCCCAGGACCUGCAGGUCAGGUUAGAAGGCUCAGAAGAGAAAGAGGCCUUCAAGGAGGAUGAAGUAGAGGAGAAAGAAGAGACCCUGCACCAGCCCAGCCCACAGGCCCGCUUCCUAAGGCCAUACCUGAAGUUCACCUUCUCUUUGUAUGAACGGACAAAAUACGUGGAACAGGAGCUCACCCCUCACAAGGCGACAUCCCUGUCAGACAGCUACCUCGAUCAGCCCUCCUCGGGAUCCGUCUUCAGCAUUAGGACCAUAGAUGACACUGACUCGGGGACAUCCGCUAUCUUCCGGGAAUACAGAAGCACCUCCAGCACCCUGGAAACGUUCGCUGACUCCUCCCAUCUGCAGACUCAGUCUGAAGACUCCAGGAACAACAGGGAGAACCUAGGCCUGAGCCAGGAUCCCAGAAAAAGCCAGACUUCCAGAAAAAGCCAAGCUUCCCAGCAGCAGCACCAUAGCUCCAGCAAGACCAAGGCUUCCCUCAGCCAGAGACAGAACUCCAUCAGGACUGAGGCUGCCCAGGGUCACAGCCAGAGCUCCAGCAAGACAAAGGCCACCCAGGGACCAACGCAGAGGCCUAGGAAGAACAAGGCUACUGAGAUCCCAAGACAGAGAUGCAGAAAGGCCAAGGCUGCCUGUGACCAGUGCUUGAGACUCAGCAAGGCCAAUGCUCUUCAGGGCCAAACUUCCAACAUGACUUCCUGUGACCCAUGCUGGGACCUCGACAGUGCCAAGAAAACCCAGGGCCAGAAGCUCAGCAAGGCUGAGGCUGGCCCGAGCUGGAGCUCAAGCUCCAGCCAGGUAGAUGCCACCUGGGGACUGAGCCCAAGUCUCAGCAGAACCAAGACCACUCAGAGCCAGAGCUCAAGCCCCGACAUGACCAAGGCUGCUCAGACCCCAGCCACUAGCUGCUCUCUGAAGGGGACAAGCGAAGCCCUUCUUGAUGGGGAAGGGACGAAUUUUGCCCAACAUGCUAGCCCUUGGUCAAGCUGCCCCCUUCCACAGCAAUGA